GUCAGAAGUCCAUUGCCGUGGCGGCACUGUCCGCCGCGGGCCUGGCCGCCACCAUGGGGGUGGAGGCCUUCGUCAGCACCAGCGCGUCCGCGCCAGCCGUGAAGGCUCCCAGCAGCAGCCUGCGCGGAUCUGCUGCCACAGGUGCAUCCCCUGCAUCCGCCUCUUCCCUGGCACCCCUCGCCGCGGCUUCCGUCGUGGCGGCCGCGGCCCUCCGGCCGAAGGGCAAGGGCGGCAUCAGCAAGCCCGUGGUUAGCCUCCGUGCCUUCGA